GCGAUAGUUCCCAUCUCCUCCACUUGCGAUGCAUCCUCAGAACACCCGUCGGAAAAUAACCACUGCUGUGGCUGGAGUUGUAACGUUGCUCGCUAUCGCUGCUCGAUCGACUUCAUCAUGAUCUGACCUGACCGUCGACAACCUUGGAACAAAAGCACGGGCACUGGAGUGGUGGAGCAUGUUGACGUGCCAGCCUUGGACGACUGGACUGUCCUCCACCUCAGGCAGCACUCGUGAUCCGCCACAGCUGUCAACAUGGGCUCUUCACGAGCUGCCAAGCUGCUGCUGCUCGCCGCCCAGCUCCUCCCGGCCUCCCUAGCACAGGAUCAUCAACAAGUCAUCGCAUAUCCAUACCCGGCCACACAAUGGAUCGACGGCAGUGGCGCCCAUGGCACCAGCCUAGGCAAAGAGGCUUUCAUCAGUGCCCUCGUCUCCAACAUGACCAUUGAAGAUCUCGUUUUACAGCUGCAUUUGACCUUUGGCGGGGACAUAGUUGGAGUGAACUCGGAUAAUGAGCUUUAUGACCACACCAUGCGCUUCAGCCCCGACUCACCAGUCGGCCUCGUUCAUGAUUGGUAUCCACUCAACACUUCAUAUUACAACCAAGUUCAGCAGCUCAAUCUCCAAAAAGCUCGCCUCAAGGUGCCCCUGAUGCAAACUGGCGAAUGUCUACAUGGGGUCGGCUCUUUUAAGCAGUCAAUGUUCCCACAAAGCCUGGGGCUCUCAGCGAGCUGGGAUGCCGGCUUGGUCCACCGCGUGGGGCGUGCCAUCGGCACCGAAGCACGAUCCAUCGGCAUCCACGCCUGCCUUUCUCCUGUUCUCGACAUCGGCCUGGAUCCGCGAUGGGGGCGUAUGCAAGAGGCGUGGGGGGAGGACAAGAUUCUCACCUCUCACAUGGGCGUCGCCUACUCGUCCGGGCUCUCAAAGAACAGCUCCUGGUCAGAUCCGGACGCGGUGGUGCCCGUGAUGAAACACUUUGCCGCCCAUGGAUCCCCUCAGGCUGGCCACAAUGCGGGUCCUUUCAUGGGACACGGCAACCGCCAGGUCUUCCAAGAUCUCCUGACACCUUUCAGGGCCGCUGUUCAGCUUGGAGGUGCCCGGGGCGUGAUGAUGGCGUACAACGAGUUCGAUGAUAUACCAUCUCACGUGAACCCGAAGCUGUACCAAGCACUCGAUGACAUGGGCUUCGAUGGCUUUGUGAUUGCCGAUGACACCGGCAUGAACGAUAUUUACACUCAACAUGCGGUCGCUGACUCGCCAGCUGAUGCCAUCAGACAAUGGUACAAAGCCGGCGGAAUGGUACAGUUCUAUGACUGGCCGUUGGAGCUUCUCUUAAACGCAACUAAAGAACUCAUCGCCAACGGCUCACUGGAGCUUUCAACUCUGCAAUCGCGGGCCCAGUCUGUGUUGGGUGUCAAAUGGGACCUGGGGCUUUUCGACGAGCCUUUUAUAUCACCGGCAACCAACCCUGUUCAUAUUGCGAACAGUCAUAGAGGCUUGACUUUGGAGGCUGCCCAGAAAAGUAUCGUUCUGCUGGAAAAUCGAGAUUCAACAUUGCCCCUGCGACCAAAGGAGCAAAACAUCAAAAGUAUUGCCCUCAUCGGGCCGUUCACUGAUAUCCUGAAUUAUGGCGACUAUUCCGGUCAAUGGGGAGAAUAUCCAGCCAACAGCGCUCAAACAAUUCGUGAGGCAAUGCUGUCAUACAGCAAAGAUGCAGAGGCCCCUUUUACUUUGGUCUCCAGUUGGGGUUCAAACACAUGGGAGUAUAACGCACAACAUGUUAUUCCGCCAUACCUUCUUUCAUCCCCGAACGGCACAAAGGGUGGCCUGCAAGCGACAUAUUUCGCGGACACCAACUUCAUCCACCCACUGAUCACCAAGCUGGAGACCCCUGCGCUUGAUUGGGGAAUCUACCCUCCGCCCGGUCUGCCAUCCAACAACUUCAGCGUAGUAUGGGAAGGGAUUCUAACCUCACCAGUCGACAUGGACGUGGAUGGAUGGAUCGGCGUUGCUGUCGGCCCGAACAGCACGUACCAGCUCUUUAUCGAUGACAAACUUAUCAAAUCGUGGGGUAUCAUACCGACCGCCGAGAGCAAUAUAAUGGGAAAUAUCCAGCAGUUUGCUUACACUCAAGCAAACAGCACUCGGCCUCCCGCGGGCUCGGUCCGCUUCACCUUCCGGAAGGGAGAGACGUAUAGCAUCCGCCUCGAGUUCAAGGCCUUCAACCUCUACAAAAAGAUCGAGAACGUCUCGUCCCUGAACUCGCAGAUCCUUCUUUUCUGGAACCUGGUUAGCAGGGACCCUGGCAAAGAUGCCAUCUCUCAGGCCGUCUCAGCGGCCGAAGCUGCAGAUGUCAUAGUCCUCGCAGUAGGCGCAGCUUGGAACAGCGAUGGCGAGAGCGGCGAUCGAGCCACCCUCGGGCUCGCCCCGAGCCAGGACAAGCUGGCGAAGGCCGUCUACGCCCUGGGGAAACCUGUUGUGCUGGUCCUGCAGGGUGGCAGACCAUUCGCCAUCCCUGACUAUUACAACCAGAGUGCCGCGGUCUUGAACGCUUGGUUCCCCGGCCAGAGCGGCGGGCAGGCCAUCGCCGAUAUUCUGUUUGGGAAGGCCAACCCAGGCGGGAGGCUGCCGGUAAGCGUGCCGAAGCACGUAGGCCAGGUUCCGAUCAACUACAACUACAAGAGUCUCGGGCGCAAGAUCAAGUACCUCGACCUGGACUCCCAGCCAGCUUAUCCGUUUGGCUAUGGCCUCUCCUAUGCGGAGUUCCAGGUCCUGGGUUUUGAAGCCGGCAGUGCCCCAGCGCAGGCGGGCGACAAGAAGCUACCGAACUCAGACACGUUCACACCCGGGGACAUUAUCAACUUCUCGGUGAGAAUAAAGAAUAAUGGAACGGUCGAUGGCAGCUAUGUGGCGCAAGUCUACCUCCUGGGGCGAACGUCAAGCAUUGUGCAGCCAGUAAAGCAGCUGGUCGCGUUCCAGAGAGUCUACCUGGGCGCCGGAGAAGAGGCCACCGUGGACUUGGAGCUGGAUGUUGAUCGCUACCUGACCAUCAUCAACAGGUGGGAUGAGUGGGAGCUGGAGAAAGGAGAGUACACCUUUGCCCUGCUUGACCACGGUGGAGACGCGGCGGACACGGGCUUGAAUGUAACUAUGAAGAGUGUCUAAAGGACGUUAGUUAUUAUAUCCGAUCGUCAUGUUCAAGAGGUUGAAUCAUGCUUGA